AACGCACACACGGUGAGGGGCUUCAUUCUCAACCCAAAGAUUCAGGCUAACGCAUCCACCCCAUUUUAGAGUCAAGGAAAAGGGGAAGGUAGCAGGGCACCAGACUCCCCACAGUGUCCAUGUUUCUUCUGUCAUGUCUAUGCGUAUCUGAGCGUACUAUCCACCGCAACCAACCAGCAAAUCAAGGCCGGAACUAGGAUCUAUCUAUUUACCACAGGACUGUCAGGAACGGUUUUAGACGUAAAGGUUUGUCCUAUUCGUCAUCAUGUUCUGAGAAAAAUCAUCUCAUCAUUCCAGGUUUUGAAAAUCCAACUCAAACUGAAAAACAUUUCCACGUUGAUGAACCAAGCGUCGGUCAUGUUCUGCACCUGACCAGCAGUAGCCUCUAUUCUCGGCACGGACUGUUACCACGACGGCAACUUUUAGAAGAAGUUAAACCCUCUCAUUGACUGAGUGGAGGGAAAAGCGAAAUCUUUAAUCGAAUAAAGUUUUUCCGUUUCUUCCCAUUUUUAUCUGCAUUACAAAGGCGAAACGGCGACUUCCAUUGAUUACCCGUCUUUCCUUUGCUAUCCGAUGGAUAUUCACUGCAAAGUAGACCCGUUCUCAGCGAUGCACCUCUCCCAUAUAGGGCACGGCGGUGUGAACCAGCUAGGCGGGGUGUUUGUCAACGGCAGACCCCUACCUGACGUGGUGAGGACAAGAAUCGUAGAACUCGCGCACCAAGGAGUGAGACCCUGUGACAUUUCGAGACAACUACGGGUCAGCCACGGCUGUGUCAGCAAAAUACUGGGCAGAUACUACGAGACCGGAAGUAUAAAGCCAGGAGUUAUUGGUGGGUCCAAACCGAAAGUGGCGACUCCAAAGGUUGUGGAUAAAAUAGCGGACUACAAGCGUCAGAAUCCGACCAUGUUCGCGUGGGAAAUCAGAGACAGACUGUUAGCUGAGGGCGUCUGUGACAACGACACGGUUCCAAGCGUCUCGUCCAUUAACAGGAUAAUACGAACAAAAGUCCAGCAGCCUUUCCACCCGUCUCCAGAUGGAACAUCCCUGUCUGCCCCGGGCCACACCAUGGUACCGAGCCAGGCCUCUCCACCUAUAACAAGCCCUUCCAACGACCCCGUGGGGUCCUACUCCAUCAACGGCAUCCUGGGUAUUCCCCGGUCAAAUGGCGAGAAGAGGAAACGAGAUGAAGAUGGUUCAGAUGGGUCUGGCCCAAACACUGAUUCUCAGGUUAGUGUGGACAGUUUACGGAAGCACCUGCGGGCCGAUGCUUUCACUCAGCAGCAGCUGGAAGCUUUGGACCGGGUCUUUGAGCGCCCGUCGUACCCCGACGUCUUCCCGACCUCGGAGCACAUCAAACCAGAACAGGCUAACGAGUACUCCCACUCCCACUCCCUGUCCUCCCUGAAUCCUGGUCUGGACGGCGAGGUCAAACCCAGCCUGUCCUCCAGCAGUAACCAGAACCUGGGCCCCAGUGUCUCUGUGACGCAGAGCUACUCUGUAGGUAAGACACAGAGCCAAACACUGGUCCUGUCUGUGUGGAUCAGUUGGUAGAGCAUGAUGCUUGCA